AUGACACAAGUGAUAGCAGUUGCUGGCGAGCCCGUGUAUCUACCGUGCGAUAUUUCGACGCAGGACGACGAUGACGCAGUACUCCUAGUUCUAUGGUACAGGGAAGACUUGGGCACGCCUAUAUACAGCGUUGAUGCCAGGGAACGUGACUUCGGAGUCGCAGAACGGUGGUCACUCGAGAGUGUCUUCGCUUCAAGAGCAUACUUCCUUCCAGAGAGGAGGCCAGCGGAACUUGGCGUAGACCGAGUGAAGCCGUCAGACCAGGGCAUCUACAGAUGUAGAGUAGACUUCAAACAAGCCCAGACUAGAAAUUCAAGGGUCAACCUCACAGUAAUAGUGCCUCCAAGUAAGAUGGUGAUCAUUGAUGAUAAGGGUGAUGUGAAACAAGCCAUAGUUGGCCCUUAUAUAGAAGGUGAUACUUUCACACUCAAAUGUGAUGUUUCUGGAGGUCGACCAAGGCCCUGGGUGAAAUGGUUUAGGGACGAGGUAGAAGUGGACACUCCAGCCUCCCCACUAUCAGGGAAUGGCGUGAGAGGGAUCAUUAGAGUAGGACCUUUAACGAGAUCUGACGUCAGAACUACCCUCACUUGUCGAGCUUCUAAUCAUCCGAGGGCACAUCCUAUAGAGACUACACUCACCGUGGAUAUGAAUUUCCCUCCUCUCACAGUUCACAUAAUAGGAUCAGAUCAACCAUUGUCAGCGAGUCGACGAUACGAUUUACUCUGUCAGAGCUCAGGGUCUCGGCCACCUGCAUCCAUCACGUGGUGGAAGAACGGACACAGAAUAAAUAACGCUAAAGAGACGGUGAGUACAAACAUUGAGCUAAGAUGA